GUAAAGAACGGCGACGCCAGUAAUGAAGUAAACCUCGAGUUCCAAGCAGACAGUUCAGUAGACAACACAUCCGCCAACCCACUGUACGAGAUGAGCGCCGACACGCAGUCUUCCAACCCUCUCUACGACUUCUCUUCGAGCUCGGGCAACCCGCUCUACGACCUGACCACCGAGGAGAGCAAUAGCAGCCAGUCGGCCAACCCGCUGUACGACUUCUCGGCCGAGACCACUGACAACCAGACGGCCGAGUCCAGCGGGAACCCUCUCUACGACUUCGAGAACGGCCACGCCGAGCCGUCGUCCACGCAGCAAGAGACGGAGGUUGUGGGGUCUGGGGGGAACGCGAUGGAAGAUGACUUUUUCGGGACCAUAACUACCACUACAACCACGACGACCUCCAGCAGCGACGCCGACCUUCUCGGGGAUUUCGGGGACCAAAACCAGGCGGUAACGGAGUCGUUUGAGGAGCAGCAACCAGAGGAACAACAGGAGGAUGUUAUCGCGGACCAAAGUAGUUUAGGAACAGAGGACCAACAAGACAGCUUUUUCAGGGAAGAGAUUGUGCAGCAGCCCACUGAGGACGAAGGAGUGGGAGAUGUAGUCGAAGCUGCUGCAGAGUUGGAGGAGGAGGGUUCCGUGCCUACCACGGAGGACCCAGAAGUGCUGGUGACCGGCACAGAAGAGCUGCCUGAUCUUGUGGUCACAGAGGAAGGGGAUGACGAUCAACAAGCCGCGGCCGGGGCUGGAAGCACUGACCAGUACGGGCACGACAGGAGAGAGGAGGACCUGGAGCAGUACUGCAUGGACAGAGAGGAGUCGGACCUGAUUGCAGACGAGCAGGAGAGAUAUCCCAGCGGACAGGCUGACCAGAGCGCUGACGUUGUGGCUGAAGAGAGUGCUGCCCCGGCUGUCGAGAUUGUGGAAGAAGUUUAUGAUGACAGCACGGCGGAGAAACAAGUAGAAACAGAGGAAGAAAUACCCGAACCAAAGGCCGAACCUGAGGCCGAACCAGAGGCCGAACCUGAGGCCGAACCAGAGGCCGAACCUGUGGCCGAACCUGUGGCCGAACCUGUGGCCGAACCUGUGGCCGAACCUGUGGCCGAACCUGUGGCCGAACCUGUGGCCGAACCUGUGGCCGAACCUGUGGCCGAACCUGUGGUGGAACCUGUGGCCGAACCUGUGGCCGAACCAGUGGCCGAACCUGUGGCCGAACCUGUGGCCGAACCAGAAGCCGCGGCUGCAACAGAGGUGUGCGAAGAGGACCAAAGAGAUGGUGUGGAGCAGGAGGAGGAGGCUGUCAUGCAAUUCCAGGAGGAGGAGAGGAGCGAAGUUCCCAGCGCUGGACAGGAUCCCGGGGCUUCUACAGAGGACGCGGCUGAGGAGGAGAUCGUGCAGGACGGACGUACCAUCUCCAAGACCACCAGGACCGAGAAUCAAUUUUCAGACGGUGGUCUUGAAAACUCCAACAUCACCUCUGAGAGCUACACAUCAGACCAAUGGGCGGAUCGGAAUAGUCAGAAUGCUGAUUACAACAACAGAGGAGCAGAAGAGCAGGAUAUAGUUCACUUCUCAGAGAUGUCGUCGGUCAAGUCGAGGUUUGAGGGGGAGCCCGAGCCACCCCCUCGCGCCCAGGUUGAUAUCCAGCAGGAAGUUUUGUCCGCCGAGGGCGGGGUAUACGAGAGCGAGCCCCAGGCCUUCACCCAGUGGCAGAACGAAGAAGAGGAAGAGGAAGGGGUGCACGAGAGUGUGCCCGUCCGCCGGGACGAUGUGGCCCGCGAGGCCGAUAAGGAUAUGACGGCCGACCUGCCCGCUGUGGGCACCGCGUCUAGCAUCAGGGCCAAAUUCCUGAGUGGUCAAGUAGAGAACAGCAACGAGCCGCGCAACAGGAGGGAGAUCACCCCGCCGGCCCAUGGGACGGGUGGAGAGUUCGUGUCCGAGCCCCGGACCGUCGUAGAGAAGUACGAGGGGAAAGCCGAGGCCGGAGUGUUCGAGUCGGAGCCCCAGGCCAACCCCGAGGUGGUCACGUCGUACUCCGCGCAGGAGGAGGUGCUGCCUGAGCAGGGAUUUGCCCGGAAUGUCGCAGCCCGCUUCAAGGAUCUGGAGAAGAACCAGAGCACGCCGUCCUCGUCUGGAAAGAGGGAGAUCACCCCGGACCGCUCCGGACAGGUGGAGUAUGUGUCGGAGCCGCGUGGACAGGUGGAACACUACGAAGGCAAGGCCGAUUCCGGCGUGUUCGAGUCGGAGCCUCAGUACAACCCGGACGUGGUGCGCUCUGGAGAAGACCUGGAGGAGCAGCUGCCCGAGCGGGGUAUGGCCAGGAACAUCGCCAGCAAGUUCCGCCAGAUCAGCACGGACAACUCGCAGUACUCGAGCCCGCGAGGCAAGAGGGAGAUCACCCCGGACAGAUCGGGCCGCGUGGAGUACGUCAGCGAGCCCAGGGGACAUGUGGAGCAGUAUGAGGCGCGCGUGGAUGCUGGUGUGUUUGAAAACCAGCCAGCGGAAGACCCAAAUGUUGUCAAAUCAGACACAUCGGUAAGCCAAUCUGAGGCGGACGAUUAUGUCCCUGAGCGCGGCUUUGCCAGGAACGUGGCUGCCAAGUUCCGCGAGCUGGAGAGUACCGCCAAGUCCCCUCCGCUGUCCCCCGGCAGGAGGAAGGAGUUCACCCCGCCGAGAGAAGAUGCCGGGGCCCGCCAGUCUGGCGUCUACGAGAGCACCCCGGAGGUCAAGGCCGAGGUGGUCCACUCUGGCGACAUGCAGGAAGAAGCCCUGCCCGAGCGCGGCACGGCCCGCAACAUGGCGCAGCGUUUCCGCCAGAUGGAGAGCGAGAGCCGCACCCCGGGCUCCCCGCGCGCCAAGAAGGAGUUCACCCCGCCGCCCGCCGAGUCUGGCGUGUUUGAAAGCCAGCCGCAGCAGUUCCAGGCCGACUACAACCGGCCCCCCGAGUCGGGCAUCAUCGAGAACCAGCCGGUAGAGCGCGAUGACGUGGUCCGCGGCUCUGAGCCCCCCAAGCACGAGGAGGAGUUGCCCGAGAGGGGUUUCGCGCGCAAUCUGGUCAGUCGCUGGAAGCAGAUGGAGUCUCAGAGUGCCCAGGCCACCUCUCCCGGAUCGGCGGGCAGGGUCAAGGAGUUCACGCCACCCCGUGAGGAGCCCAGAAUAGCUCAGCAGAGGAAGUCUCCGCGCACCCCCAUGUCCCCCACGGGACAGAUGGACAACGGCUCAGUGCACCCCUCGGAGCUGCCCGGCCAGUACCAGCCGCAGAACGAACCAUCUGUGUUUGAGUCCCAGCCAGAGCACCUUCCGGACGUGGUGAGAGAGGAGGACACCGACUGGGCCGAGGGCAUGCCCAAGAAGGACACUGCCAAGAAGAUGCUCGCCAGGUUCCAGCAGAUCCAAGCCGAGGCCAAGAAGGAGCAGCCCAAGCCUGUGUCUCGCAAGGAACCCGGAGCACGUACACAAAGGAAGGAAUCCGAAAGCGAAAGUAGUGAGCCCCCAGAGCCACCCAUGGAAAACGCUAGGCUAAAGUUUGAAGACCCGGAGAAGGCCCAAAACGUUCGCAAUCAAUAAUGACGUGAUCUUCUGCACGACCCACUACAAGCAGCUGUUUGCUACCAAGGGGAACUACGACGAGGGCUUCGGCCGCAUGCAGCACAAGAAACGCUGGAACAGCCAUCCUAACCUGGCUGAAGGGGAGGGGGAUGGAUCACAAGAAGCCAAAUCAUAGAGACAGUAGUUUACCGUUAUAUAAUUUAGCCAUGUUUGAUCAUGUAUGUUUGUUUUUGUUACCAUUUUUUAAAAGAAUGCCCAUUCUUUUGAUUCCUCGUAUUGUGAGCUGAGAACAAUAGUACCAGGUUUGUUUGAGAUUUGAGGUAUUGUGUCAGAGCCAUGUUUUAUCGUUCAGUGAUGAGGCGGAGAGCUGGGUGGUUGAUGGGAAAGGUCAGAUUGUUGAAUUUAUUGCUCAACAGGGCUCUGAAAGAACUGAGCUCUCUGUGUAAGCGUCAUUCAACGACAUAUCAAGUGUACAGACAAGCCUUGAAAAAGUGGACAUUAUUUGUAUUCUUAUGAAAAAAUCUAGUUUAGUAGGGGUUUAGAAACCAAAAAUGAUUUUUACCUUUUUCUGGAAACAGAAAAGGAAUGUUAUUUCCAGAAAUAUAGAUGUUGUCUUCACUAAGUCAGGAAAACAAUGUUCUAGACAAAGGCAUUUAUAUGAGGCAGAGCUAUACCAGGUCUUGGUCUCUCAUGAAUGCUCAUCAAUUCUGUCUCUGUAAAACUACACUCGAGUCAAAGCCUAUCUCUGUUGUUUGAAAGUAUGGUGUGAAGCAAUGAUAGAAGUGUUGUUUUUUUCUGUUGUGAGGAGUGUAGUCUGAACCCCACAAUUACUCUAGCGAUGUUCUGAUCAUCAAAACAUUGGCUGUUGACCAGCUGAGGCAGAGAAAAAGUACAGUCACGUAUUGGAGCUGCUGUUCCAGCCUGUAACACAAUUACUAUUCCUUUCUUCCAUUGCCAUCAUCAUACAAAAACAUUUCAUCUUUGUAUUUUUGAAGGGAAUCAUGUGCUUUGUUUUGUCAUUUCAUGGACAUUUCACAAGUUUUGAAUGACUAAUAGAGCAGCUCUGUCAUGUUUUUAGAAGAAAAAAUUUGUUACCUUCUGAAGAAUCGAGAAACUCGUUAUGGCGACUUACUGCGAGUGUGAUUUUUGCUUUUCACCCUGCCUUUUGAGUACUGCCAGUUAAUAUGGUUUAACAAUAUAUGGCAGCUGAAUCGGUUUAGAAGAAGACUGAAGUAAAUAUGUAAAGCAAUUUUUUAUCUGAAAAUGUCAGCCGUUUUGAAAGUAAUUCUUGUUUGUACUGUAAAGAAAAGUUUUCUUCAAACUCGAACAUUUUGUUUGUACAGAGAAAUCAGUAAUAUUUUGUCUCUCUAAGAGUAUUAUGUGAACUUAAUGUCACACACUUAAAACUUUUUCAAUUUCAAUGAGAUGCUUUAUUUUUUUUAGUGUCACUUUCCAUCUGUGACUGAAAUGACUGUUGACUUUCAUGACUUAAGUUCGAGUUCUUCCUGGUCUAAGUGCUACUUAACUAACACUGCAGGUUUGGAGGUGAGAGCUGUGGGAUGUACCAUAGUGUGUUCCACUCUGUAGGAGCAUAUUCUCACUCCACUUGUACAUAUCUUUUCUUAUUCUAUUGUGUCAAGAGAAUGGGGACUCCAAGAGCUUAAGUUGCAAAAGGACUCAUCUCUUACUUGAACUUGAAUGUCGUUGUCAAAAGACUUGAAUUCUGUGUGUAAAGAAGGAAGAGAGUGAGUGUUGCUCAACAGAUGAGAAAGGUCAUUAUGCAGUGUGAUAGCUCUGAACUGAUUCAGCAGUAUUCAAGAACUUAUUUAGAAAAGUAAGACUAUUUUGUACUAAUGUUUUGAUUUUUUAUAUAAGCCAUAAGUAGUUAUCUUCAUUUUGUUUUUUGUUUUUCGAUUUGAGAAGACCAGAAGACUCUAAAUGUACAUUUAGGAAGAGAUUCAGAGAUGCAGGGUUUUCAUGAAAAAAAAAAUGCUGCUGGCGGAUGCUGUAUUUAUCGUCAGUUUCAUAUUAUUUGACACUGGAGAAUCUUUAGAGAGUCUGAUCUGGUGAUUUUAGUGCCAAAAUAAUGAGAAUUUAUCUCUGUACAUGAAUAUAUUUUUUUUUACAGAAACUGUUCUGCCCAGAAUAACAGCCUUGUUGAGUCUUAUUUAUCCAAUAGUUCGGUUCUUGGUUUGUUUGGGGGGGUGGGGAGGGUUAUUCUUUGUAGCUACAACAUUUGCUCUGACCAUAACUUAUUGUUUGCAGUCCCACAGUUGUUUUAGCUCUUGCCAUAUCACUAGAGAUGAUUUUUGUAUAAUUUCGAAAAACACUGACAAUGGCUUUGUAUAGCUUUAUACAUAAUGUGUGUCAUGGUUUAAGAUUUUGUUGGCUGAUGAAGUGGCUGGUCAAUCAUGAUGAGGAUAAGCUGCAGGGCUUACUACAGUCCAGUGGGUAGGGAUGUUUGCUCCAGCGUGAGGGGGUCGCAUGUGGCUGCUGUGUGGAUGCUUAGUGGGAACGUCUUGAUGGUAGCUGGGAGGCUGUAUUGGAAAGUGGCAGCCUCCACAGUAUCAAGCAGGAAAACUGAACAUCAAAUCAACUUUAUUUUUAAAAUAUGCAAAUUCAGGUGUUACAAUCAAGUGUGCUUAUGCUAGUGAUGAAUAAAGGAGGUGGAAACCUUUCACGACUGAACAUGUUUGUAAAGUGGGUCAUGCCCUUUGUGCUGGGUCCUGUUCUCUGAGAGAGGAAGAAAAUGUUUUGAUACUUCAGUACCUAAGACCUGUAUAGGGGAGAGGGAGGAUGAGACAUUUGAUGACAUCUAAGGUCGCCUUAUACCUAUACAUGUGUGCAGGACGGUGGUUACGAUGAGGGAGUUGUUGCGUGCUGUUAUGAUGCUCUUUCUGGUGUUUUGUUCAUUGCUCUCGCACAUUUGUAGAAAUGAUACAUGUACCACGAUGCAUUGAGGUUUCUAAAUAUUCACAUCAUGGAGCGGUUUUUUUUCCCUCCUACUGUAUUGUUCUUGUGUUCUCAUCUGGAUGCUCGUCUCUCAUUGAGUGUGUGUGUGUGCAUCUGUCCCUCUUGCCUGGCCACAGUUUGUAUUCUGAGAGCAUAAUUUUCCAAGCUGCAUAUUUUAUACUCUGUUUUACAUCAAGCAUUGAAUAGGUCUCAUCGAAUGGUUUACAUAUAUUUUUUUCUCAUGGUAAGAUUUGCUCUGUAAUUUUUAUUCACUUAAAGAAAGGAGUUUGGAGGGUUGCCAAUAUAGAGGAAAGUUGUUUGUAGAAAGGGAGGCUAACCAGCUAGACCUGAAGGACAUUCUGCUUCUCCUCCAAGAAGGAACUGGAAUGUUGUCCAUGGGGCUCUAAUGCUCCCACCAAAAGCGUGAGCCAUGAGAUAUGUGCCUGAAGGUUACCAUGGACUCACCAGAGUGACUCACAGCUCUAGUGCCACUGCACAGCCAGUGUUAAGGGACUAGGGACUGAUUGAGCCUUGUAAAAUUUUGGGUUGUUUUUUUCUUAAAGAAGGUUACCAGAGUCGACCUGUUAAUACUUUUUUCAUACUUUUUCAUGUGACUGCUGCUUUCUGCUUGUCAUCAAUUUAAACUAUAAGCAGCUCUGCAGCAUGGUUAUUUUUUUUCCUUUUGUUUCAGUAAGGCAAAUGUAGACUUUUAUUGUGUAUGCUGUAGCUUUAUUUGUUUUGUAAUCUCUGACUUGGCUUGGAUACGUUCAAGCCCUGCCAAUGUCAUGGGCUUGUCUGCUAUUUUUCCCCCACGUCUUGUUAAGAAUGUACCUGGGUUUUUGAGAGUGUCAGGUUUCUCUGUGCCUGUCUUUGAGCGUCUUGCCUGUCCUAUGACUGAUCUUGUUGGUGUGUUUCCGAAGCUGUUCUCUGUGCUUGUUCUGUUUAAACCAACUGAGCACUACGCAAGAUUUCAACAUGUUAAUUCAUAUAAAGUAUUUUUGGUAAAAUAAAAUACGGAGACCUGCUUGUACAUGUUAUGUUUGUAUUAAACUUUAACCAAGCCAGAGGCAUCUCAUCAAGACUAUCGGAAUGUUCAUGUGGGGCUGUAUUCAUGAUGUACCAAGAGUACUUUAAUCUGUUUUGUCACAGGAAACUUUAGGAUGUCUUUAUAGUGAGUAACAACAUUCACCUGAUACCAAGCAAACGUUUUUUUUGAAAAACAAUUGCAGCUCUUUUAACGUCAUUGGCCGACUCUGAGAGAAGGUUUGUCCUGGGGUUUGUGACUAGUGGCUAUCAUUGGGGCCAGAGAAGGCUUCACAAGUGGGAAAUUGUUCUGACCUUUGGCCUUUUGAACAUCACUAGUUGUCCUCUAACAUCGUUCCAUCAACGGUUUUUGUUGGAAAUGUCAUUUCGGUUAGCUGACAGUUUGCCUCCAACAUGUGUUGUUGUUAAAUUACCAACCAAACAGCCGUGGUCAUCGUCAGAAAUAAGGACAAGAACUAUUCUCUUUGAUCGAGCUCAGUACAAAUAAUGUCAUGUGCACACUUUAUUUAAAAUGCCCAACUAAUAUGAUUUUGCAAGCUGUUUCCUGGUCUUCUUCAGACCACAAUUAAAAAAAACACACGAGGAAAUGAGUACAAAAUGUCAGUGCAAUGUCAUCAGUAAAUAGAAUUUAUGUGAUUUGCAUUUUGUUCUUAUUUUUGUAUCAAGUAUAAUACAUUCUUUAUUAUUAUUGCAAAUAAACAUUAUUAAAGCUUCA